GGGCGGUUGGUUGGCGAGGCGCCGCAGCCGAGAGGUCCGGGAAAGUUUCUUUGGAGGUGCGGCCAUGUCCCACGGCCCGAAGCAGCCCGGCGCGGCCGUCGCGCCGGCGGGCGGCAAGGCUCCUGCGCAGCAUGGGGGCUUCGUGGUGGCUGUCAAGCAAGAGCGCGGCGAGGGCCCGCGAGCCAGUGAGAAGGGGUCCCACGAGGAGGAGCCUGUGAAGAAGCGAGGGUGGCCCAAGGGAAAGAAGCGAAAGAAGAUCCUGCCAAAUGGCCCCAAAGCACCUGUCACUGGCUACGUGCGCUUCCUGAAUGAGCGGCGAGAGCAGAUCCGCACGCGCCACCCGGACCUGCCCUUCCCUGAGAUCACUAAGAUGCUGGGUGCCGAGUGGAGCAAACUGCAGCCCACAGAGAAGCAGCGGUACCUGGAUGAGGCCGAGCGGGAGAAGCAGCAGUACAUGAAGGAGCUGCGUGCUUACCAGCAGUCAGAAGCGUACAAGAUGUGCACCGAGAAGAUCCAGGAAAAGAAGAUCAAGAAAGAGGACUCGGGCUCCGGGCUCAUGAAUACCCUCUUGAAUGGACACAAGGGCGGGGACUGCGACGGCUUCUCCACCUUUGAUGUCCCCAUUUUCACUGAAGAGUUCUUGGACCAAAACAAAGCUCGGGAGGCGGAGCUGCGGCGCCUGCGGAAGAUGAACGUGGCCUUCGAGGAGCAGAAUGCGGUGCUGCAGCGGCACACCCAGAACAUGAGCAGCGCGCGCGAGCGCCUGGAGCAGGAGCUGGCGCUGGAGGAGCGGCGGACGCUGGCACUGCAGCAGCAGCUCCAGGCUGUGCGCCAGGCGCUCACCGCCAGCUUCGCCUCGCUACCCGUCCCCGGCACCGGCGAGACGCCCACACUCAGCACGCUGGACUUCUACAUGACCCAGCUUCACGGAGCCAUCGAGCGGGACCCCGCCCAGCACGAGAAGCUCGUGGUCCGCAUCAAGGAGAUCCUGGCCCAGGUCGCCAGUGAGCACCUAUGAAGGUGUUGGUCAGCUCGUGGGGAUCCAGAGAAGACCAAGCUCUGCUCGUGGCCCCCACCCCAUGGAGGAGGGAUGGGGGUCCACCUUUUGGGGCCAGGCCCAAUCCUGCACCUUGGGAGCUCAGCCCCCUAACAUUAUUCUACACCAUCCCCUAGCUUUCAACCUCCCCAGUACCCCAAAUCCAGAAAAGUCACCCAACAGGCACAACACACAUAGAACCCCAUGGCCUCAUAGAGCAUGUCAUACUACAGGGAUGUGGGAACACCACACAUGGGCAGCAUGACCCAGGACACAAGGGGACCAACAGCAACUCUCAACACUGGUGUAGGGAGGGUGACACCGGCUCCAGUGGCUCCAGGGACCUGCCCCAGGACACAGGGCAGGGAAAACCCAUACCUGACACACAGGGAGGGACUCCCCGAAGGUGCUGACCACAGUGCCCCAUGCAAGCAGGCACACUGCGGGACAUGCUCUCCUGCUUGGGUGAGAGCCUCUGCCUGUGUCCCUCGACUUCCUGCACCUCGGAAUGGAGUAACUGGUACUGAUCCCCUGCCCUCCUUCAGCUAACGGACGUCAUGAAGGUGGCCCCUUUGCCACUGCUUAAUCUGGACUUUUAAAUUAAAAAAAAAAAUAAAGUGGAAUUUGAAUUUCAA